GUCGACGUGAACGACGGUUUCACGACGUUCCACUCCCUGCUGGUAUCUUGCGCUCUGCUAGGCUAAGCUUCCUAAGAGGUCAGGAUGAGCCAAGAUUUUGAGACGUCGCAACCCACCUACGAUGAGAACGGGUACGGGAUAGAGGAGGAUGAGGAGGACUAUGAGGAAAUCACGCAGGAGGAUUGCUGGACCGUCAUAUCCAGUUUCUUCGAUCAAAAGGGUCUCGUUCGGCAGCAGCUUGACUCCUUCGAUGAAUUCGUUCAAAACACAAUGCAGGAACUCGUCGACGAGAACGCAGACCUCAUUCUCGACCAAGCAGAUCAGCACACCGGCCACGAAACAGACAUGACGCGUCGCUAUGAGAUUCAUUUCGGUCAAAUCUAUCUUUCGCGACCCACCGUCACGGAAGCAGACGGUUCGGUGGUCCCUGUUUUCCCUCAAGAAGCUCGCUUGCGCAACCUGACCUACUCGGCCCCACUUUACAUUGACAUGAAGAAGAGAGUACUCACGGGUCGCGAGGACCCUGAUAUGCCUGGAGAGGUUACUUGGAUUCCUGAAGACCCCGACUCUGAGAACCAAGAGGGAACAAAAGUUUGGAUCGGCAAGGUACCCAUCAUGCUACGGUCAACCUUCUGUAUCCUUCGUGAAUUGCAGGAUCAGGACCUUUACGACUUGAACGAAUGUCCGUAUGACUCGGGAGGAUAUUUCAUCAUCAACGGCUCCGAAAAGGUUCUCAUUGCACAAGAACGUAUGGCUACCAACCACGUCUAUGUCUUCGCGAAGGCCCAGCCCUCCCCCAUCAGCUUCCUCGCGGAGAUCCGUAGUGCGGUUGAGAAGGGUGGUAAAACUAUAUCGCAGUUCCAGGUGAAGAUGUUCCAUCGGAGUCAGGAGCGUUCGCUUGGGAAUGUCAUGAAAGCAACAAUACCCUAUAUCAAGGUCGACAUUCCUAUCUGGGUUGUAUUCCGCGCUUUGGGCGUCAUCUCUGACCGCGAUAUUCUUGAGCAUAUCUGUUACGACAUGCAAGACUCCCAAAUGCUAGAAAUGCUGAAACCGUGUAUCGAUGACGGCUUUGUCAUUCAGGACCGCGAGGUUGCCUUGGAUUUCAUUGGCAAUCGUGGGACAACCACUGGUCUUUCCAGAGAACGCCGUAUACGAUAUGCGCAGGAAAUUUUGCAGAAGGAGAUGCUGCCACAUGUCUCCAUGUCGGAAGGCUCAGAGUCGAAGAAGGCCUACUUCUUCGGCUAUAUGAUACAUCGACUUCUACUGGCUGCUAUGGAACGUAGAGAGCUGGACGAUCGUGACCACUUCGGCAAGAAACGUCUCGAUCUCGCUGGUCCUCUGCUUGCCAACCUGUUCCGCAUGUUGUUCAAGAAACUCACCAGGGAUGUGUAUCGUUAUCUUCAGAAGUGUGUGGAAACUCACAAGGAAUUCAACAUUUCGCUCGCAGUCAAACACCAGACUAUCACGAAUGGCCUCAAGUAUUCCCUUGCUACCGGCAACUGGGGCGACCAGAAGAAGUCAAUGGCCUCAAAGGCUGGUGUAUCUCAGGUCUUGAACAGAUAUACAUAUGCCUCGACACUAUCGCACUUACGCCGGUGUAACACGCCGCUUGGACGUGAAGGCAAGAUUGCUAAGCCUCGUCAACUUCACAAUACGCACUGGGGCAUGGUAUGUCCCGCCGAAACACCAGAAGGACAAGCUUGUGGUCUCGUCAAGAACCUUGCACUCAUGUCGUGUAUUUCCGUUGGUUCGUUCUCAGCACCCGUCAUUGAAUUCCUGGAAGAGUGGGGUCUCGAAUCUUUGGAAGAGAACGCUCACUCAUCGGCGGCCUGUACAAAGGUCUUCGUCAACGGUGUAUGGAUGGGGGUCCAUCGUGACCCUGCGAACUUGGUCAAGACCAUUAAGAAGCUCAGGCGAAAGGAUGAUAUCAGCCCGGAAGUCUCCGUCGUUCGGGAUAUCCGGGAACGCGAACUGCGCCUGUACACAGAUGCCGGUCGUGUUUGCCGACCACUAUUCAUUGUUGAGGAUCAGCAACUCCUGCUGCAGAAGAAGCACAUCAAAUGGCUCAACCAGGGGUACCGGGACGAUGAUCCGACGGAGGAGUUCAAGUGGGAUCAGUUAGUGAAAGGCGGUGUGAUUGAACUUCUAGAUGCAGAGGAGGAAGAGACUGUGAUGAUCGCAAUGACACCAGAAGACUUGGAGAACUCUAGAUUGCAGUCCGCUGGCAUCGACACUCGCCAAAGCGAUGAAGACUAUGACCCCGCAGCUCGCCUCAAAUCUGGUAUCAAUGCACAUACCUGGACGCAUUGCGAAAUUCAUCCAAGUAUGAUCUUAGGUAUUUGUGCCAGCAUCAUCCCGUUCCCCGAUCACAACCAGUCUCCUCGUAACACAUAUCAAUCUGCUAUGGGCAAGCAAGCUAUGGGCAUCUACCUCACCAACUUCCUUGUCCGUAUGGACACCAUGGCCAACAUCUUGUACUAUCCUCAGAAACCUCUGGCCACGACGCGUUCUAUGGAAUACCUCAAGUUCCGAGAGCUCCCUGCCGGACAGAACGCGAUCGUUGCCAUCCUGUGUUACAGUGGCUACAACCAAGAAGAUUCAGUCAUCAUGAACCAAAGCUCCAUCGACCGUGGUCUGUUCCGUAGUAUCUACUACCGUAGUUACAUGGAUCUGGAAAAGAAGAGCGGUAUUCAACAGCUUGAGGAGUUUGAAAAACCUACUCGUGACACCACACUGCGGAUGAAGCAUGGCACAUACGACAAGAUCGAAGAUGACGGUCUGAUUGCGCCUGGAACUGGCGUGUCAGGAGAAGAUAUCAUCAUUGGAAAGACCGCCCCCAUACCGCCAGACAGCGAGGAACUGGGGCAACGGACACGCACUCACACUCGCCGAGACGUCUCGACACCUUUGAAGAGCACUGAAAACGGUAUCGUCGAUCAGGUCCUUAUUACUACGAACUCGGAGGGUCAGAAGUUUGUGAAGGUCCGCGUGCGGUCGACACGUAUUCCUCAGAUUGGCGACAAGUUUGCAUCUCGGCACGGACAAAAAGGUACUAUCGGUAUUACCUACCGUCAAGAGGACAUGCCUUUCACGGCCGAGGGUAUUGUUCCUGACAUCAUCAUCAAUCCGCACGCUAUCCCCUCUCGUAUGACAAUCGGUCACUUGGUUGAGUGUUUGCUCUCCAAGGUGGCGACGUUGAUUGGUAACGAGGGUGAUGCCACUCCUUUCACCGAUUUGACUGUCGAGUCGGUAUCAACGUUCCUCCGCCAGAAGGGCUACCAGUCUCGUGGCCUGGAAGUGAUGUACCACGGCCACACUGGCCGGAAGCUCCAGGCGCAGGUCUACCUCGGUCCCACGUACUAUCAGCGCUUGAAGCACAUGGUGGACGAUAAGAUACACUCCCGUGCGAGAGGUCCCGUGCAGAUCCUCACCAGGCAACCUGUCGAGGGUAGGAGUCGUGACGGUGGUCUGCGUUUCGGAGAGAUGGAGCGUGAUUGUAUGAUCUCGCAUGGUGUCGCUGCGUUCUUGAAGGAGCGUCUCUUCGAGGCCAGCGACGCUUAUCGUCUGCAUGUAUGUGAUAUCUGUGGUUUGACAGCAAUCGCCAACUUGAAAAAGCAAACGUUUGAGUGUCGUGCUUGCAAAAACAAGACAGCAUGUUCUCAGUUGUAUAUUCCUUAUGCAGCAAAAUUGCUGUUCCAGGAACUGCAAUCUAUGAACAUUGCUGCUCGACUGUACACCGUUUCCACUGGGCGUGUUAGGGAUUCGUCGUAGUGUCCUUCCAUCCUUUCAUUAACGUAGAUCUACUUACAACAACGGCAUGUACACUAUCAUUAUUAAUUGCAUUACUUGCUUUCCCC